AUGCCUUCCACCGUCACCUUCUCCGCUGAUACAGCGCCCAAAUCACCAACCAACUCCAUCUACACUCGUCCUCAGAAGAAACAGAAGAUGAGCAUCACUCAAACUUAUUUCCUGGCGCACAGUGCCCGUGGUAAGCUCUCCAAGGAGGCGGCCCGGCCUGACCACGAUCUCCGCCUCUUGGUGGGACACGCCAACAUGCUCGACUCUCUGAUGCUUGAUUUGGCCAAUGCCGAACAAGAACAAGAACGGUGGUUCAACAACAUUGUCUCCGGAUCGGCAGGAGAGCAAGAGGAAGAGGAAACCAGACAUCGACAUGUCGAGACCAUCGUGGAAGAGCCUGAGGCCGAUUGGGAGCCCGAAGACGCACAGAGCACCGACGAGGAAUCUGAGGAUGAGGUCGAGGAGAAGCCAACCACCAAUGUCACCGCCGUUGAAGUUGAUUCCGACAUGGAAGACGACGAGGAGACAGAUGACGACCUCACUCUCACCCGAACUGCCUCUCGACAUUCCCCUCCUGAACUGAGCCUCGAUACGGACUCGGACUCAGAAGACGAACAAAUACCGCCUUCACCCCCCACCAAUACAUUAGAAGUCCUCAGUGAAAAGCAACGUCAGGCCAUCGCCACUACUUCCUUCUACGAUGCUAAGGACAACACCUCGUUAUCGCAUGCAGAGUCAGAAGCCUUCGAACAAGAAGGCUUCUACCUGCCGUCAAGGCAACAGCCAACCAUAAUCGCUGCCUAUUGA